AUGGAUUUGCCUCUUGAUCAGUACGAUAUUGGUUGUGCAUGGUCUGAUGGCACCGCAACGAUGCAUUCGCGAUCAUCUUACAGACGGCCGCGUGUACGAAAGUCCCGCGGCCGCGGCUUGCGAACGAGGAAUGGCUGCAUACAAUGCCGGAAGCGACAUUUGAAGUGUGAUGAGGUUAAGCCAGUGUGUGGCGCUUGUGCCAGAAAGGACAAUGUCUGCGAGUUUACUGGCUCGGGUCGUCAUAACACUAGCCUCCCAGUCUCGGACAGGACCUUCACGACGGCUGCCACCGAAUUAUCCACAGAGCAGGCCUCGUCCCCAGCGGAGAAUGACGAACAUGCACCAAAUACGACGCAGACAAACCCAGCGCUUUUUGGGCCGCCUGAAGCUAUUGUUCCAGCCUGGCCUAGUUCCUCGGUCGAUGCCAACCCCUCUCCAUCUGUGCAACUUGAUCAAUCGACGGCGAAUCAACUCGAUUCGAGUCAAAGUCCCCUAGCGUUUCCAGAUGCCUAUCUGUCGCCAUCUAAUGCAUCAUUUGCAGCAGUACGAUGGUUCGGGCUACUAGCGAAUGAUGCUGCUAGGGAUAAUUCAACAGUGUUGACGAUCCAAAACUCAUGGGCGAACCAAAAUCUCUCAUUGGACCAUGCCAGUUCUGACGACCAAACUCAGCUAAGCUCCUUGCAACGUGCAACUCAGGUGCUCGACAGCCCUUCUUCCGUAUACAGAGGCCGUGACCUGACGCAUAUCGCUUCUUCAAAAGAAAGUCAGCUCGAAGAGGAGCAGAUUUGGCAGUCACGAGAGCCAAUUGAGCUUUUGUCAGCCGAAGCAACCCUGUUUGGACAUUUUGUAGAUCGAGUUAGCCCCUGGAUAGAUCUCUUUGAUCCUACAAAUCAAUUUUCUACGUUCGUUGCGCACUUGGCCGUAAGCCGCUUCCGAUUUUGCGAGGAUAUUUCUGCCACAAGAAUGCUGACAUGGAAACUCCAGAUACAUAAUGCGGGCUUGAUGAAUGCUAUACUCGCUCUAUCUUAUCGACAUCUUGCUUUGAACCACCUUCUGAAUGAGCAUAACAUCCCAAAUAAAGAGGAGGCAGCCCUUCAAUAUUAUUACCAAACCCUUCACUAUGUGCAAAAAGCUAUGCAAUACUCUGGCUACAAAAGAAGCCUAGAGCUGCUUGCGACUACAUUAAUCAUCUCCGCCUAUGAGAUGCUUGACAAUUCCACGAAAGAUUGGGAGAGACAUCUAGAAGGCGUUUUUCUCAUACAAAGAUCACAAACCAUUCAUGGUGAAUCGGGGGGUCUACAUUCAGCCGUUUGGUGGGCUUGGCUCUGCCAGGAUAUUUGGGCUGCUUUCCGCGAGAAGCGCAAAACCCUAACAUUUUGGGUUCCACAGAAGCCCCUUUCUGUACUGUCGCCAUAUGAGCUUGCUACACGCUCAAUAUACAACACCGCGAAGGUUGUGAGCUACUCCGCCGAGGGCGUGGCGGAGGCAGACAUCGGACGUCGAAUUGAUGAAGCAGCACGCCUUCACGAAAUGUUGGAUGAUUGGCAGCGACAUCUGACCGUUGAAUUCUCUCCGUUGCCACUCAGCUCACGCCAACAGUCGUCGCAUUUUCGACCAAUCUGGAUCCACCCACCUGCAUUUGCCGUGGCACUUCAGUUCUUCAGCGUGUCAAAUAUUCUAUUGCUUGCUCAUGAGCCUAGCUUGGGGGGCAUGGAGCAUUACCUUGAACGACAAAGCGCAAUCAAGCGUUGCGUAGAUAAUAUCUGCGGUAUUGCAGUGACACUCAAAGAUGACCCAUCUACUCUGAUGUCAUCACAAGCUUUAUAUAUUGGUAGGCCUCUCAAUGCUCACGUUUUCAAAAACCACGCUAAAAAGGGAUAA